AUGAAACUUUCCAUUCCCUUGAUUUUCGGUGCCAUUACCGUUGCUUCUGCUUCUCCUGCUUCUGAGGCCAACCUGACCAUCAACGGUACACUUAUUCCCCAAGAAGCUAUCAUUAGCGGCUUGACAAUUCCCGAAGAUGUCUACCCCAUUUUAAACUACGAGAACAAUACUGCAACCGUUGUUUUUUUGAACGGCACUCUUUUGGCAGAGGCGAAGGCCUAUAACAGCGAGACUAAGAGGGACGUGGCCUAUCCUGAUCGCGAAAUUACGAAGAGAGACGUCGAACCUCACACUUGGAGUUGGGGCGAUGCCGAUCACGAGCUUGCCUCAGUCAAGAGAGAAGCGGAAGCAGAGGCAGAAGCCGACCCUUGGCAUUGGGUUAGAUUGAAGAUUGGCCAGCCUUUUUUCAAGAGAGAUGCCGAAGGUUCUGCUGACCCUUGGCGUUGGGUUUCAUUGACGUUUGCCAAGCCUUUCUUCAAGAGAGAUGCCGAAGCUUCUGCCGACCCUUGGCAUUGGGUUGCUUUGAAGAUUGGCCAGCCCUUCUUCUAA